AUGCGUUCCUUGAGCCUCCUUCUUGCCAUUGUCGCCUUUGCUGCUUCGGCUCUGGCUCUCACGAUCACCGCGCCCAAGGCUGGGGACCAGGUUGACUUCAGCAAGUCGUACAAGUUCCAAUGGACAACGGUUUCUUCUGAUCCGGACGAGGUCACUUUGGUCCUAGUCAACAUGGCCUCCCAGCCUACAGUCAACAAGGUCAUCACCCAGAAUGCCAAGGUCUCGGAUGGCUCCUAUACUGUGGACAUGAUCACCGGGAUUCCUGUUGCUAAUGGCUACCAACUGAAUGCUAUUGCCAACACCACCCAGAACACUGGCAUCUUGAGCCAGUCGAAUCAAUUCAACGUGACUAAGGUUGGCAAAGUUGAGACGGGUAAGGAUACUUCUAAUUCAACACUAUCAUCACCACCAUCACACAUCUCACAAUCUGCACCUACAUCACCUACAUCACCUACACCUACACCUACACCAUCAUCACCACUAUCAUCACCAGCACAUGCACAUGCACCACUAUCUUCCAGCACCUACACCAGCACUAGAUACAAGGCACGCCCCUGCAUCUAUCACAAGACCUCUUCACCAUCUUCACCAUCAUCUAGCACCAUUCCCUCCGCCUCCGUGAGACCGGCCACAGCAUCUGCCACUACUGCCACCAAGACCGCUGCCUCCGCCACUGCCUCCGCCGGAGCUGCCGCAAGCGCAAUGACCCUGAGCGGUCCCCUCGCCGUGCUCAGCGCCCUCGUGAUGAGCAUCUUCGCCGGAGCGUUGUAA